CCUGUGUGGAUGGUGAGAAUAAUAAUAAUGCGGGGGCUGGAGUCUGUGGGAAGCAGUAGCAUGAACUACUUUUAUGUUGUUGGUGCCACUCCACUGGACGGACCCAGCUUCAUUCUCAGCUGACAGCCUCACCCACAGAAGUCCUACAAAAACAUGCAGGUCUUCUCAGACCCCUGUCAAUACCCGCCCUGCAGACCAAGAUGCUUUGCUUGAUCUUAAUCCUCACCACCUUCUUCUGAAAGUCCUGGGAUUCCAUUCCAAGUAGAAAGGAAAAGUAAAACUUGAGUUGAGCCCCCACACCCUGGCAAGCAGAGAAAUUGUCAUCAGUUAUUUCAUACCUGGAAAAUAGUGCUGAUAGUUUCCUGACACAGUCAUGUGCACACAUGUGCUUAAUAAGGUUUUCUGUUGAUUGAUCAUAUCUUUCAUGUAUUUGUUUUCUUGAUGAAGAUGCUAUGAGUUCACAAGUAAUCCCAGUAUUAAACUUAUGAUGUGCAUGGCCUUUUGCAAAAUCUCUCUUCCAGCUUUUACUUGCAGAGUCUGAUUGCUUGACAUAUAGAAGCGCUGUAUGUGUGAGUUAUGGCUGAUGUGGCUGAUUCAGAUAGAUAAAAUCUGAAGAAAACCUCUGGGAGAGUGCAGUUUCCUUCUCUCCUGUUAGAACAGAGGUAGCCCACCUACUUUUGUUCUAUAAGCAGACAGUUCCAGUAGGGCAGUUCCCAUCUCCUGUAAUUUCAAGGUGAAAAGCUGUGGUUGCUCUUCCUUCAUUCUCUUAACACCCCUAACUAUAAACUUGCCUCUGAUUUUCUCUUAAAGAGAUAUGGGGAAAUCUAAAAAGAUUCCAUGAAAUAAAUAUGUAUUAUUCCAGUUAAUUAUUAAGAAUAAAUGAAGAAUAGUAUUAAUAAAACCCAGUAAUAUGAAUUUCCUUUAAAAAUUUUACAGAUGGCUAAUUUUUAUAUCAGUAAAAGAGGAUAGUUAAGAAAUAGUAUAUGGAAAGAAGGCAGGGGGUAAAGGCAGCAUGUUAACAAAGAAAUCACUGUUCUUUUUAUCCCUGCAGGAAUUUUUUUGUGCUUUGCUUCUCCAUGCAGAUUUUCAUGGUUUUGUCAUUCAGUACCCAAAUGAUACAUAAAAACAAACAGAAAAUUCUACUAGCAAAUAAUUGCACUUGCUACUGACUUAGGCUUCAUAUAAUAAGUCUGCAGCCUGACUUUUGUAAUGGGAUCAGACUUUCAAAUUAACCAGUGAAGCAGUCAAGCCAAGUUAUUUUUAUUAUUAUUCAUGACGUAGUUUCUAGAUGAUAUCCAUAGGAUACCAUCUCCUCUGUUUAAGAAAAACAAAACAAAACAAAAACACCAGAAGUGUUUCAUGAUUUCAUGGAUUCUUCUGGAUUCCAUAAUGUCUCUCUUAACUGAAAGUUAUAUAUGCAGUAAGAAUUAAUGUUUUUAUCUUUUAUUAUGAAAAUUGCCAGGCUGAUGAAAACACAUUUAUUUUCCUGUUUUAGGUUGCUUGUUACUCAUGCCACAAAAUUUAUGCUUUAAUACUUAUGAUUUAAGAAUCUGUUCCUUUUUUGAUUAAAUUAUUAAAAAAAUAGCACAUUCUUUCCAUUUAAAUUGUGUAAAUAGUUAAGACUCAUGCUGUAGCUAAGCUGAUUCUUUCUCUGCUUUAAAAAUAGAAAAUGCUAGAGCAAUCCUUCCCUUCCCCCACUAUGUUCUCACUAGUCCAAGCUAGUAAAUGUUACUGAAUGGAUUUCAGUGUUGUAGCCAUUCUACAGUAAGUACAAGAAGAGCCUUUGUGAAAAACUGCAAGGAGAAAAAAAGGUAGUAGAAAUCCAUCUGUGACUGUUCGACAGACCAGAGCACCUGCACCAAUGAUAGACAGGCUUUCCUCGAGAAACAAAUAAUGACAACAAGCACUGCUGUUCAGAGGAGCCAGAAUCUCCCCAAAAGACGCCUAGAAAGUAUAGGGGAGUGUCCUGCAAAACGAAAAUCUAGCUGGGGUAUUCUGACCAGUCAAGGUUCUUGGGCAGAUCGCUCACCUCUGCAUGAGGCAGCCAGUCAAGGACGUCUUCUUUCUCUAAAGACUUUAUUGUCACAGGGUUACAAUGUAGACACACUAACUAUUGACCAAGUAACUCCACUUCAUGAAGCCUGCCUGGGAGAUCAUGUAGGAUGUGCAAGGAUCCUUCUUGAAGCAGGAGCAAAUGUAAAUGCUACAACAAUUGAUGGAGUGACACCCUUAUUUAACGCGUGUUCGAGAGGCAGCGCAGCAUGUGCUGAGCUCCUGUUAGAGUAUGGUGCCAAAGCUCAGUGGGAGUCCUGUCUUCCAUCACCAACUCACGAAGCAGCCAGCAGAGGACACAGUGAAUGUCUGGAGGUACUGAUAUCUUGGGGUAUAGAUGUUGACCAAGACCUUCCUCAUUUAGGAACACCUCUAUAUGUAGCAUGUGUGUCACAGCAGAUCCAUUGUAUUCGAAAGCUUCUUUAUGCAGGUGCCAAUGUGCAGAAGGGAAAGCAUUUGGAAACUCCACUGCAUGCUGCUGCCCAGCAUUCAAGUACAGAGAUUGUAAACUUACUCCUUGAAUUUGGGGCAGACAUAAAUGCCAAAAACACAGAUUUUGAGAGGCCUGUUGAUUUAGCUGCUCCUCGCAGUUUAGUAGAGAGGCUGCUGCUCCUCCACGAAGCCACACCAUCUUCUCUUUGUCAGCUUUGUCGACUACGUAUCCGAAAUUACAUAGGAAGAUCUAGACUGCAUCUUGUCCCACAACUCCAAUUGCCAACAAUACUGAAGAAUUUCUUACAGUAUAGAUAACAUAAUAAUUAACCUUUAGAAAGCUGAAUAACAAGUCUUCUGUUUAUUGUAAAUUUUACCUAAAGAACUGCUGGGCGGAAAAUAAAGCCUUUUGCAUAUUACUUCAAUAAGACACAAAUCUUUGACACCUGGUGUUGGCAUGUAAUCACAAUUGGGAGCCAUUCAGCAACUGGUACCAAGGUGCUAACAAGGCUGAAUUGAAUAAGUGUGCUGAUACUCUGGGAAAUGAUUGUAUAGGUUUAGCUUAACACUUACUAAUUAGCUUUAGUGCUGUUAAUUUUAUUUGUAUUUAUACUUUAAAAUCUGUUUGGCACAUGGGAACUGCAGCGUUUCUUCAUUUAUAUUUGUUAACUUUGUCCAUUUGGAGUCAUUUCUUUAUGUGUUUUUAAAUAUCUGUUGUUUGUGUACUGAAAAAUACUUGGUGGUAGGUGCACUACAAAUGUUGAUUAAAAAAAAAUAAAUAAAUGAAUAAAUAGCCAUUUUAUCUUCCUUUUCUUUAUAUAGACACUUAAUUAAUGACAGUGAGAAACUUCCUUUACUCUUCCUCACUGCCUGUGCUCUGAACUGGAGUUUUGUGUUUUGAGCUUUUCUUUUUUUAGCCAUAUCUAGUUUAUAAAUUAUUUGUAACUUUUUAAAACAGAAAAUCUGUAAAGAUAUAAGUUUACAAAUUAUAGGGAAGCCAUAAUGCUGAAAUACUUUCAGAUCCCCUUUUGUAACAGAGCAUUCUUGGAAUCUUUCCUUAACAGUGCUAUAUCAUAACUUAGGGACAUACAAAUAAUCUGCCUCAGAGAAAAACAUAAUUUAUUGCAUGGUUUUUGAAGGCUACUGCAUCGUGUCAUAGAACAGCUUGGGUUGGAAGGGACCACAAAGAUCCAAACCUCUGCUGUGGGCAUGGUUGCCAAUAUCAUAUCCCAACCACAGGAUAAAGUUGCCCAAAGCCCAUCCAACCUGGCCUUGAAUGUCUCCAGAGACAGGACAGUCACUGCCUCUCUGGGCAGUCUGUGCCAGGGCCUCACCAUUCCCUGAGUAAAUAAUUUCUGCCUAACAUCUAACUUAAAUCUAUCAUCUUUUAGUUUAAAGCCAUUUCCCCUUGUCUUAUCACUAUAUACUCAUGUAAAAAGUUGGUCCGCCUUCUACUUACAAGCCUAAUACUCAGUUGCUAAUUUAUGUCCA